AUGGGGCGGCUUCCGAUCCAAUGCACUUCGACGUUCGGAAGUUCCGACGACCCGUCCAUUCAGCCCCCAGCACGCGCCAAGGCAUCUCGUGCCAGACGAUCAGAUCGACAUUGAUCAAUUUCGAAAGAGUAAGUCUUGUUGUUUCAGAACAUUCUGCUAAAGUUCCGACAGUUUUCAGCGAGUUCGCGAAGGAGAUUGCCGAUGAAAUCGUCGCGGAGUUCGAUGCGGACACGUUUCCGAUUGAGAAAAAAGUGCUGAUACCUGUGGAUUUGCGGAUAGGUGUGAGUUAGACGUGCAACUUUUCGACCCAGUGAUACGUAUUUUCAAAAAACUAAAUAUUGUACAAAUGUGCGUAAAAGAUUGCAGAUCAGAAUCGAAGAUACUCACGUUAGAUGUGGCGGAACAUGCAUCCAGGUGGAAAUCCGAAACGAAUGGGCUCCCAAAAUCAUCUGUCUCGUUUUUUUGGAUUCUACCGACAAGCAGAUCAGAGAGGCGACAAAAGAUGCGCUCGCGACGUUCCAGACAAGUGAGACAAUGCUUUUCUUGACGCACAUUCUGAUGGUUUUUUCAGUGGAGCAGCUCAAUUACGAGCCGGAACAAAAGGAGCCGUGGAUCGAGAGUUCGAUGGAGUUCCUCGCGUGGCACAGCAUUCACAAACUGAGAGAUAGCAAUGAGAAAUGGCCGACUGCCAAUCUUUAUUGCACAGUUUGUGAUGCGUACUUGAAAGGUAUGUAAGUUAACCUGAGAGCACCCAAUACAAUUCCAAUGAACGAUUUUCUGAAAACGUCGUUGCGUUUCCUAAUCACCUGGAUUUCAGGCUCUGGAAGCACGGCAAGCCACAUUGAAACGAAAAAACACAUGAACGAAUGGGAGAGAUUGAAGGAACGGGAAGCGCUCGUUCGCGACUUGCCCGAUCCGACCGAAGCGCAUUUGAGUGCAUUGAAUGCGCUUCUGAAGAAGGAAAUGAAGAAGUAUCGCGGGGUGAGUGCAAGAGACCGUGGUAGAGAAAAAUCUUCGGCCACACGGUCUCCAGAGCUAUCAAUAGGGUGUGGCCUUCGAGUUUCCAAGGCCUCCUAAAAACUAUAGAAUGUUCCAGAAGACGCACCCUCCGUCGGAAUUCAUAAAACAUCUGUUCGAAAUUAUCGAGAGUGCCGUCCAACGCACAAGCUCCGAUGUAAAAGUAUUCGUGUUCGGCUCCGUCUUCAAAAAUAACAGAAAACACUCAAUGGCGUUGCCGGACAGCGAUUUGAACGUUGGGUUCCUCGCGAAAGGAGGAUUCAAAGGAGCACGGCUUUUCGGAUGUUUGGAAGACGUGCGCGACGCCAUCGCCGUUCACAUCGCGCCCGCUCAUUUCGUGACCGCAAUCGGCAUCCCCUCGACGAUCGAGUUCACGGCGAUGGGCGUGAAAGUACGAGUCAGCUACCUGGAAGCGGAUCAGGCGCUCGAAUCGCCGCACCUCGGAUACAACCACAUGCUGAUGAAGUUCACAUGGAUCAAUAAUCAGCUCGCCGAUUUCCUCUUCCUCAUUCGGCUCUGGGCGUGGAAGCUGAGUCUCGACACGAAAAGCGUCGACAAGUUGGGGAUCCCGAGAUAUGCGUUCGACCUGAUGGCCAUCCACUACCUCCAGCAGAUCGAAAUCCUUCCGAUCAUUCACAAGGCCGUUGUUAGCGAGCAACUCGCAAAGAACGAGGAAAAGGCGGGAAAGUGCCCCGACGCGGUGAUGAGAGUCUGUCGGACGAGCAUCCUGGCAGACUACCUGACGAAGGAUGAGCUCACGAAACCCCAGCCACAAUGGAAUCUCGGCGAGCUCUUCAUCGGAUUCUUCAAAUUCUACGUCCAGAAGCACCGAGAUGCGAUUGUCUUUGUGACGCACAAACGGCUGACGAACGAGCAAAAGGAGAAGUGGGGCCGGAGGGUCUUCUGCAUUAUCGAUCCGUUCCGCACCGACAACGUCAUCCAGAUACCCAAGAACUCCGUGUGGUACACACACUUCCACAACUGCCUAGUCAGCGCUCUUCUUUAUUUUGGAAUCCCCAGGAGUCUGAAUGGUCCUUUGGUUCCCUAUGAAUUCUUUGGCAAUGUGAGUUGAAUGGAUCAUGAAAAACUUUUCGAAUGUUUUUUAUUUAUUUUAAGUUCGAUGACUUGAUGCAGUAUCGGAAUACAAUGAAAAAGGGAGGACCAGUGAAAGUGGUUCCGAAUGGGCUGAAUUUGAUGGAAUUGGAAGAACACGAACUCGCAGAUUAUGUGAGUUUCAAAGGAGUUUUUCAAAGCAAACAAAUUUUCCCUAAAUUAUUUAGUUUCCUCUUUUCAGUUUGACGUUCUGCCCCUCUACUCCGCAAUAACGAUCCGAUUUGAUCGCUUUUUCGAGAUCUACAAUCUCGAGAAACUGAGCGAACUCGCGAACCGUCUGGACCCUUCCGACCACCACUUUGAUUUCGACCGCCAAAGUCUGACGGACGGUUAUGAGCCCGAAAAUAUCUGCAUUUACUGCGACAAAUGGGCUCACGGACAAAACGGCUGCCCCCUAUUGGCCCCCGUUCCGCCGAUGCGGUCCCUCGAGUUCACGCGGCCCCUUUUGGACAGAAUCGACGGUGCGAUCGGCGAGCACUUCGAGACGAACAAGCUGGACCGAGAUUCGGUGGGCAUCGCCCGCAAGAUGGUCAAGGUUCUCGAGAAGUAUUUGAGGAAGUUCAUGGGGCAAAAGGUGCAAUUGACUCUUUUCGGCUCCAUGACCACCGGGCUCGGCGCGGUGGGCUCCGAUGCAGACAUCACGCUCAGAUUCGACGACGGAAAUGAGCCGGACGAGGGAAUUUCGACGGAGAACGUACUGAAGCAGGCGUUCGCGCACAUCAAAUCGUGGGAGUUGACGACGGAAGCGAAGGCGGUGCUGACGGCGAAGGUUCCGAUUGUGAAGUUCGAGUUCAAGUAUCUGGAGUUCACCCUCAAUGCCGAGUGAGUUAUUGCUAGCCCUAUUGGCUGAGCAAACGCGCUCCUCUGCACAACGCGUUUGCUUAGCAACACAUUCUGAAAACAAGUUACUUUCAGUCUCUCCUUCUACAACACUCUGGCCCAUCACAAUUCGGAACUCCUCAGGACCUACAAUAUGUGGAGCCCGGACAAGAGAUUUGCCAAGUUGGCACUCUAUGUCAAACACGUAAGUCUUGAAGCGAUAUAAAUGACAAGGAAAACUAGUUCGUGUUUCUCUUCCAUCUCUCGCAUGACAUCCGAAUUCGCGUCGAUCAAACACGUCAUAUGUUUCAGUUGACGAAACAGUGUCACAUCGCCGACGCCUCGUGCGGAUCUCUGAGCUCCUACGGUCACGUGCUCAUGCUCAUCUCGUACCUCCAACAGACGUCUCCGCCCGUCCUCCCACGGCUCCAGGAGGAUUUCCGAAAAGAGAACACGAAAGAAAUAAAGGUGGCGUGUUGGAAUGUCUACUUCGAGAAGACGUUCAAAGAGGAGUGGUUCAAGGAGAAGAACACGCAGUCGUGUGCCGAAUUGCUCAUCGGAUACUUUGAAUGGAUGUGCUCUUUCGACUUUGAGCACACGGUCGUUCAAUGUCGGCAGAAGGAUAUCGUGACGAAAGCGGAGAAGGAGUGGUCGAGGUUCAUGUGCGUCGAGGAUCCGUUCGAUUUAAACCACAAUCUCGCGGCCGCAAUCACCAAGCAGAGUGCGUUUCAAACUUACUGUUUUUCCUAGUGUGGUUGUCAGUCUUGUAGUUAGACUGAAGUGUUAAGGCCUGAUUGGAUAGCGUGAUGGAACAGCUCAGUCGUGACCAGACUCAAAACGUUUUCAUUUCAGUGCUCGUCCACAUGCAGAAGACGUUCGCCGCUGCCCGAGACGUCCUGUUCUCCUCGGAACGGUACCGACGUGCCAACGGCUCUCUGGAUAUGAUGGCUAUUUUGGACAACAUCCGUAUAGGAAAACCGCCGUGCAGUUGGAGAUGUACAAAGUUCAAACGGUUCGGACUUGUAGAAUGCUAG